AGGCGUUGUGCUUGCGCUUGGACGCGGUGCAUGCUGCCUCCACGGAGCAGGCGUCGCUGCAGGCGCUGUACGAGCUCGUCCGCGAAUGCAUCGGGCUGCAGGCGGCCGUGGAUGCCGAGUUCGACGACGGGACGAUGUCGGUGCGCUUGUCGUCCUCGUCCGCGAGGACUGCGGCUGGGACUCCGGGACAGCCGUGGCCGAGGCCAUUGCGGCGGGCAUGUGGGCGCUGGCGGCGGCGAUGAGCCACGGGCCCGAGCCACCAGGACGUGGAGCGGGAGCACCUGCUCCAGGAGAGGACGGGGACCGCAGGCUGCUUGUCGCGCUCCAGGCGGUGUGCACAUGGAGCGUGGCCGCCGUGAGCAGGAGACAUGUGGUCGCGCGGGCCUGACCCCGGAGAUACUCUGGGAGUGGACCUGCCGCGAUGCCCUCUGGGCGCUGGUGCUGGCGAAGGGCGUUCUCUCCGCAAGGGUGGGCUCCUCUCCGCUCCUGGCGAUGCCGGAGGACCUUCCGCAGCUGCAGUCCGAUGCGCUCUUCGCCGUGCUCGGCCUGGCGUCCCCCUCGGUCGCCUUCCUCGGCCUGGCGCAGUGCGAGGGGGGCCAGCACACCAUAGCCCUGCGCAACCGGCAGCUCAUGUUCCACCGCUCGGACCUCGCGUCCGCCGUGGUCGGCUGCCAGCUGCUGCAGGCCUUGCUCACCACGGCACUGCGCGAGGGCGGCCGCUGCGGGCCCGCGCUGGCGGGCUUCCUGGCAGGCCUGCUGCAGCCCGACGUGGCGGCCGUCCGCGGCUUCACCUCCGAGGA